GGGGAAUUGAGCCAGCAACUAUCUUGGGCCUGGGCAGGGACUGGAAUCUUCCUAGGCUGGGCCCCAGGGACAUUAACUCUUUGUGAAGUCCUGGAGGAGAGAGAGGGACGGCCAGCAUGUCAGUACCAGUAGGGUGCAUGGUACUUGCAACUGAGGAGGAGAAAAGGUCAUGUGGAAAAUGUACAGAGUAUUUGUGAGGGUCUCAACUAGGCCCCUCCUUGCUCUCCUGUGGCGCAUCAGUUUCUCUCCCCAACGCACUCCAGGACCAGGGCCUCUCAGCUGUCUUCCCAAGCUCCUCUGACAGCUGAAGGGCAGCUGGAGGGGUCGUACUGAGCUUGUUGGGGCUGCACCUCCGACCAGGGCCGCCAGCAGCCAUGUCCAGUCGCUCGGUGCCACAUGCCCACCCGGCCACCGCCGAGUACGAAUUUGCCAACCCCAGCCGCCUUGGUGAGCAGCGAUUCGGAGAAGGCCUCCUGCCAGAAGAGAUCCUGACCCCUACUCUCUACCACGGCUACUAUGUCCGACCUCGGGCUGCCGGAGCUGGGGAGGGUAGCAGGGCGGGGGCCUCGGAGCUCAGGCUCAGUGAGGGCAAGUUCCAGGCAUUUCUGGAUGUGAGCCACUUUACCCCGGAUGAGGUGACCGUAAGGACUGUGGACAACUUGUUGGAGGUGUCUGCUCGGCACCCCCAGCGCCUGGACCGUCAUGGCUUCGUGUCGCGAGAGUUCUGCCGCACCUAUGUCCUGCCUGCGGAUGUGGACCCCUGGCGGGUCCGAGCCGCUCUCUCCCAUGAUGGCAUCCUUAACCUGGAGGCCCCUCGGGGUGGCCGACACUUGGACACAGAGGUCAAUGAGGUCUACAUCUCCCUGCUCCCUGCGCCUCCUGACCCAGAGGAAGAGGAAGAAGCAGCCAGAGUUGAGCCCUGACUGCUGUAGACCCAGCACCCAGCGAAUCCCUUGCUACUUCCCGCGGUGAUUCGAGCAGUCUCACCACCCUAGAGGUAGCAGCGUCCUUGGGGGAAAGGAAAGGUGCAUGAUCCACAAUGUAUGGUUUGGUCCCUUGGGACGUGUCAUAGCCUUUGGUUUAGUUCUGGGUGAAGCUGAAUAAACCCAAAUCUCAGGGCCUUA